AUGUCCAACACCCUCCGCCCUUACCUCAACGCCGUGCGGGCCACCCUCACGGCGGCUCUUACGCUGGAGAACUUCUCCUCGCAGGUUGUUGAGAGGCAUAACAAGCCCGAGGUCGAGGCUAAGACCACACCCGAGGUGCUCCUCAACCCUCUGAUUGUGUCGCGUAACGAAUCUGAGAGGGUGCUCAUCGAGCCCUCUAUCAACUCGAUCCGUAUCUCGAUUUCGAUCAAGCAGGCGGACGAGAUCGAGAAGAUUCUCUGCCACAAGUUUACGCGCUUCAUGAUGAUGCGCGCUGAGGGUUUCGUCAUUCUCCGUCGCACGCCCCUGCCUGGCUACGACAUUUCCUUCCUUAUCACCAACUUCCACUCCGAGACCAUGCUCAAGCACAAGCUCGUCGACUUUAUCAUCCAGUUUAUGGAGGACGUCGACAAGGAGAUCUCCGAGAUGAAGCUGUCCCUCAACGCCCGCGCGCGUAUCGUCGCCGAGAGCUACCUUGCCACUUUCACGUGA